AUGCAGUUUCGACUUUUCUCAUUGGCUUUAAUCGUGUUGAACUGUAUGGAGUACAGCAACUGUCAAACGCAGUCAAAUCGCUGGAAGAGGAACAAAAGAGCUAGCUAUGGCGUGUACCCCAUCUGCAAGGGCUGCUCGGUGUGCUCCAAGGACAAUGGCUGCGUGAACUGCCAGCCCAAGCUCUUCCUGUUCCUGCGACGGGAGAGGAUGAGGCAGUACGGCGAGUGUCUCCACGCAUGUCCGGCGGGGUACUAUGGCAUUCGAGCUCCCGAGAUCAACACGUGCUCUCGGUGCAGGAUAGAUAACUGUGAGUCCUGCUUCAGUAAAGACUUCUGCACCAUGUGCAAGGCAGGGUUUUACCUGCACAAAGGGCGCUGCUCCGAGAAGUGCCCAGAGGGCUUUGCGCCCCUGGAGGACACCAUGGAGUGUGGAGAAGGCUGCGAGGUGGGCCAGUGGAGCGAGUGGGGGUCCUGCACCAGGAGAAACAAAACCUGCGGCUUCAAGUGGGGUCUGGAGACCCGGACGCGGCAAAUCGUGAAGAAGCCGCCCAAGGACACGAUACCCUGCCCCACCAUCGCCGAGUCAAAGAGAUGCAAAAUGGCCAUUAGGCACUGCAGGAGAGGAGAAUCAGGGAAGCACCGACCCAAAGAACCAAAGAAGAAGUCCAACAAGCAGAGGCUCCGGUUCCAGGCCCAGAACCAGCACAGUGACCACCUGGCAUCCAUGAGCUCCAGCCAGUAG